AUGAUUCGUCAGGUGCUGCAAAAUGACAAAGUACGAGCGAUUACAUGGUCGGAAUCACGACCAGAUUUGUUGGCGAUUCAGUACUUCCAGCAUCCAACAGAAUUCCGAUCGAUUGAAGGAGGAGCAGAGAAUACAAGUGUUGCCCACAUGGACGUAACGGUUGUACCCGCAUGGGUGAGUGCAGCUCCAGUAGGGACGUCGUUCGCUAAGGGAGGCCGUAUGGCAACACACUAUCGUGAAUGGGAUGAUGCCAAGCAGAUGUGGCGUUACAGUGUUGAAGUGAAGAAGUUGCCAGUCGAUGAAGCACUGUAUCAGUCCGCUAUGGAAUUACAAAAUGCUCAAGAAAGCAACGGAUAUGGGUCGUACUGUGAGGAUCGGGCUCAUGGAACCGACGACCGUAAUCUACAAGUUUUGUGGACGUUCCUUGCUGCACUGAGCAACAAGCAAGGCCGGCGAGAAUUUGUGCGGAUUCUCGGAUUCGGAGAGACUGAGCAGUUAACAAAGGAAUCGCGCGAAUCAAGAACAUCAGUAACAUCGAACGAAGUAACGCAACUUACGAAUAUCAUGUCAUCCGUGAAUUAUUCGUCUCCAAGACAAAAUGGCGAUGAAGGACAUUCGGAAUCCGAUGGUGACUCAUUGAGUGGAGAGGUAUUCGCACGACAGCCGGAUUUGGAUUGGAAUCAAUUAGAUGCGAAUUCCUGGUCAAUGCUGGACAUGUUGAUCGAUGACGGGGAUGGAGAAGUGCUAGACCAAUUACUUAAUCACAAAGAUUAUGCCAUGGCAUUUUUGCUUGCACGCGACAAUGCAAGUCUAACACAUCGUGUUGCUGAGAGGUUUAUUGCAGAAAAAUUGUCAGCUCCACAACGACUUCUAUCACUCAUAGCCACGGAGAGCUUUGAGCAGCUUAUUGACGCGUUCCCACGAGAACACUGGUCACGUCUGCUAGCUCUUAUAUUAACGAGAACUGACCGAGCUCAACUAGUCAAUAUCAUGCGGAAGAUCGCCAAAAAAUGGGCUGAAGGUCCGGAUUCUGUUCAUGCAGCACUCGCGGCAGUUCUAGCUCAAGAUGUGGAUCUCCUUCUAGCUGCAAACCGGUGUUAUUCUCUAGAAGAAAGGAUAAAGCAAGCGAUAGUCUUGAGGUCCCUAACUGGAGCUGCAGUGAAUGAGGAGUUUGAAAAGCUUCUCUAUGGCUACUGCGAAAAACUUAUCGAUGGUGGAGUCAGUGAUGUUGCAUGGAAAACGUUGAACAGCUUGAAGAUCAAGGAUGAGCGUUUGUUGGAGCUCCGCCGUGACCUCUUUUCAAUAUGUGGUGGAGAGGAACGGACUAUGACGAAAGAACCGGAGAAACCGCGAUCGGAACAUAUCCAAGCAAUUAAUAGAGCUCUACGGCCUUCGCGCCCUCAACAGCAGAGCUCGAUGUUUUCUCCAACCUCCGCCACUUCAGCAUCGUCACCGCCGACGUUCUCUCACUCAACUCAACCGUAUCGACAGCCUUUCAAUUCCGUACAGCAACCUGGCAUGCCACCUAUGCCUCCUUCAUUCUCAAACCAACCAUAUCCCACCUACGGCCAUACCCAACCUGUGCCCGGCCCUCCACCGAUUCCCAGCUAUCAACAACCUCCUCUUCCUCCGACCGCUUACGCCCCCACUCCAACUCCACCUGUACCUGGACCUCCACCUGUCCCUGGCUUCCAACCGUCCACAACAGCUUCAGUAUAUGGUCAACCACCUGUAAUACCUGGUUUCAAUCCAGUUCAAACUCCAAUACCGCCUCCGCCAGUAGCACCUGCACCAUUCACAAAUAUGCCUAGCAAUAACUACAAUUAUACGACAAACCGUUCACAACCAACUUAUGCUCCAUCUCCUUCGAACAUGCCUACGCAGGAGUAUUCAUCGGACAAUAACUUUCAGAAGAGCUCGACAGUCUCGCCAACUGGAGGAAGCAGUGGGGAUGCUAAGGAGUUCUCAACUCAAGGAUGGAACGAUCCACCACCGCUGACAACACGUAAACCUACUCCUCCUGCAGCACCGGUGUUUGAGGUGAAUUGGAAGCCGCUCGAACAGCCACCGAUAACUCUACCAAAUGGUCUACCUGGUGUGACUAGUGGUGCUCCCGUACGUCCCCCUUCAAGUGCUUCUUCACAUCAUCAGCAAGAGCAUCGUGAAAUACCACAAGUAGCGCUAUCGCCUGAGGACCAAGCAAUUAUGGACCGAUUCUAUCAGCUGAUAAACUCCAUCCUAUCAGUGAAUCGGACGCCGGUCGCACUUCAUAAAGUAGAAGAAGCAAAAUCUCGACUUGGUUGUGAAUUAGCACCUAGGUUAGCCACUGGAAAGUUGUCGUUCGCCACUCGUAAAUUGUUAUGGCAGUGUUCCGAGCAGUCGGCUCAUGGGGACUAUCGUGGAGCAGUGGCGACAUGUGGACAAAUGGUCCGAUCUGGUGGAGAUUUUGUAGAGGUAUCAGCGUUUCUGCCAGCAUUGAAAUCACUGCUUUCGCUAGCACAGUCGACUUUUGCGAGUGACCAUGGAGUAGCAUGGAGGAUGAUGUCCACAGAAGGUAUUGCUAUGGAGCCGAAGUUUGGUAUGCUGGCCCCACGGGAAACUUGUGAACUGAAUAUCACCCGCGAGAAGGACCAAGCCGAGCGAAAUAUGGCUAAUGAUCGAGUAGGGAUCGAAUGGAUCAAGGCUCCUGCAGACAAACCGAAAGAUGAAGUGUGCGAAGAUUGGUUCGACGACGCUAAAAUAAUUCAUCGAAAAAAUUUCAGCAUUACUGAUGAAUAA